GACGAUGAAAAACAAAUAGUCGAGUAUUUAUGGUACAAUUUAAACAAACCAAUAUCAUGUUCGUGAAAACUAAAUCAUGUCCAAAAGAUGUAAGUGAAUGGAGAACUCGUGAAAAGAACUUUAAUUGUUCUUAUCCAAAAGAAGUUUAUCAUUGUUUAUCUGACGGAUACGGAAGAUUGGGAGAAACAUGUAUCAAAGGGCUUGCAAGCUGGGUUGAGAAAGAUUACUGUCCAGAGUACAAUAUGGACACCAAUAAUGUGAACACUGUUCCCUGUCAUGGGACAACUGACUGUCCAAGUAAAGCAUUCAAAUCCAAUGAGGUUUAUGAAUAUCCAGUUUGUGUACAGGAAGGUACAACUCUAAUGAAUGGCGGACCCUCAUCCCUGUCGAAGGAUGUCAUUGCACUUAGCGUGGCUGCGGGAGUAUUUGUCCUUUUAGUUGUCCUCAGUGUGAUGGCUCUUUUGUGUUACAGAAAGAGAAGAUCACAGGAAACCCGAAAUAGAAAAGAAGAAAAAAUCCAUUUACUAUCUGCAGAUAUACCACCGUUCUACAAAACUUCAAUUUUCCAUAAAGCAAAUGCUUUUCUCAAAGAUGGUGGGAAAAUUCUGUGUUUGAUUGGAGAAUGGGGUUCUGGGAAAUCGACAACAGCCAAAGAAGUUUAUAUGUCCAUUACUGGUAGAACACCUGCUGUAAUAGAGGACAUACUGAAGUUUGAUGUGAGUACAUGUCAGGACUCUAUCAUCGUCGAGGAAGCUUUACCAAGAGAAAGCAUUUCUGAAAUAGAAACGAGCGAUAUUGUAGAAAAGAUGAUCUCUUUAUGUUAACAAAUACAGACAUCUAAAAAUAUAUUUCUAAUCAUCACUU